UUUAUGAAGGCGGGUGGGUGUAAGGAGAGCUUUAUAGCGUGGGAGCAGUGCAUUGAGGAGGCUGAGAAGACGAAGGAGGACAUUGUGGAGAAGUGCUCGGAUGUCACUGGGGCGUUGAAGAAGUGUAUGGAGGCUCACGCGGACUACUACGAGCCAAUACUCCGUGCCGAGAAGAUGGUCGAGGAGCAGGCCGUUAAGGAAUUGGAAAUGGAGAAGGAGAAGGAGAAGGAAGCUUCUACCGAGGGUUCAUACCAAUACGUGGUUUCGGAAUCGGAGGUUUCCGAGCGGGGAGGGGCUUCUCAGUGACAAUUGAGACGAUAAGUGUUUUUCUUUUUUUUCUAAAUUAUAUUUUACUAGGAAUCAAAAUAGCUCUAAUUUGCUGGUAUGACUGGCGA